AUGGUCUUGGAUGCCGAGAAAACCACUGGCCACCGUGAGUACAAGGUCAGGGACCUCUCUCAGAUCGAGCACGCUGAGGUCGAAAUGCCCGGUCUCAUGGCUUCCCGUGCCGAGUUCGGCCCUUCCCAGCCUUUCAAAGGCGCCAGAAUCACCGAUUUCCGCAAGAUGGGUCGUCAUACGAGGGUCGUCGUCGAAAAUCUAAAUAGUCUCGGAGCCAAAGUUCGCUGUUGCUCCGGCGAGACCUUCUCCACUCAGGAUCACGCUGCCUCCACCAUCGCAAGUGACAGCUCCUCUGUCUCCAAGGGGGAGACACGUGAGGAGUACUGGCUGUGCAUCAGUCGUGCGCUUGACUGGGGUCAUGGCGGUGUUCUCGAUAUGAUAAUUGGUGAUGGCGGCGACGCCACCUUCUUGAUCAGUGAGGGUGUGAAAGCUGAGGAGAUAUAUGAGAAGACUGGUGAGUUUCCAGAUCCGUCCUCUACCGAUGAUGCUGAAUUGCGGAUUGUUCUCAGUAUGAUUGGGGAUGGGUUGAAGGUUGAUCCCAUGAGGUACCACAAGAUGAAGGAGAGACUCGUUGGCGUCUCUGUGGAGACAGCCGACGCUGCUGAGCGGCUUUACCAGAUGCAAGCUAAUGGAAGACUCCUGUUCCCUGCCAUUAAUGUCAACAACUCUGUUACAAUGAGCGAGUUCAUUAACUUGUACGGUUGCCGCUACGCUGUUCUUGAUGGGAUAAAGAGAGCCACCAACAUGGCGAUUCCUGGGAAAAGAGCAGUUGUGUGUGGAUAUGAUGAUGCUAGCAAGGGAUGUGCUAUCGCACUUAGGCUGGCUGGAGCUAACGUCGUUGUGUAUACGGAUGAUUCCAACCACGCCGUUCGAGCUGGCUUGGGACGUUUCGAAGUUAAGACCCUCGACGAUGUUGAUCCUGAGGCAGACAUAUUCGUGACCAAUAUCAGACGGGGAAAUAUGGAUGUGGUUAAAUACGUGAAGAAGAUGAAGAACAACGCCAUUAUUUACAACAUGGAUCCAAUAUUGGACCUUCACAGCAACAUAUAUGCUGGAGUGGAGCAAUGCUUCUCUGGAAUGAAGCGCACCAUCGUCAACCUUGAAACUGACAAGUGGUUCAUUCCUGAGACCAACUCAAGCAUCAUCGUGUUGAGCAACACGGGAUAUCCUGAUUUGAUGCGGUCUUGGUCUUGUACAAGCCAUCUGGUUGCUAUGCUUGAGUUGUGGAACGAGAGGGGGACAGGCAAGUACGAGAACAAGGUUUAUGAUUUGCCUGAGCAUCUUGAAGAGAAGGUUUCUGCUCUUCACCUUGCCAAGCUUCUGGACGCGAGCGUGGCAACGAGGGGUGGGCCUGAGAAAGGUGAUAAGAUCAAGAGGAUCCUAAAAGUCAUCGGUCCUAAAGCUUGUGGGUUUUUCGGAAUGGUCGCUCUGGGUCUCAUGAAUAAUGCCCACGAAUGGUGCCAAAGUUAG